GCGUGGGGCUGCGUACGGCCUGCCCCAGUGGCUGCUUCCUUCACCUCCGGCGGCCUGUAGCAAUGGGGCAGGAGCCGCGGACGCUGCCUCCUUCCCCCAACUGGUACUGCGCCCGCUGCAGCGAUGCGGUGCCCGGAGGCCUCUUCGGCUUCGCGGCGCGUACCUCCGUCUUCCUUGUCCGCGUGGGCCCGGGCGCCGGCGCGAUCCCUGGGACUCCCCAGUUUCGAGUCAUAGGAGAGUUGGUGGGACACACGGAUAGAGUAUCUGGCUUCACAUUUUCUCAUCACCCUGGUCAGUACAACCUCUGUGCCACCAGCUCUGAUGAUGGUACUGUGAAAAUCUGGGAUGUAGAGACAAAAAAAGUUGUAACAGAACACUCGCUUCAUCAGCAUACAAUAUCAGCAUUGCAUUGGUCUCCUCAAGUAAAGGACUUAGUAGUAUCUGGAGAUGAAAAAGGAGUAGUUUUCUGUUACUGGCUCAACAGAAGUGACAGUCAGCACCUCUUUAUAGAACCCAGGACAAUUUUCUGUCUUACUUGUUCACCUCAUCAUGAAGAUUUCAUAGCCAUUGGCUACAAGGAUGGCAUAGUAGUUAUAAUUGACAUCAGUAAGAAAGGAGAAGUUAUUCACAGGUUUCGAGGCCAUGAUGAUGAAAUCCAUUCCAUAGUCUGGUGUCCCUUGCCUGGUGAAGAUUGUUUAUCCAUAAAUCAAGAAGAAAAUUCAGAAGAACCUGAAAUUCCUAAUGGGAAAGUUACAACACAAACUGCAGUAACAAAAGGCUGUUUCUUAGCCACUGGAAGCAAAGAUCAAACCAUUCGAAUAUGGAGCUGCUCUAGAGGCCGAGGAGUGAUGACUUUGAAAUUACCCUUUCUGAAAAGAAGAGGAGGGGGUAUAGAUCCAACUGUUAAGGAGCGUCUUUGGUUGACGCUCCAUUGGUCCAGUAAUCAGCCAACACAGCUGGUAUCUAGCUGUUUUGGAGGUGAACUGCUGCUAUGGGAUCUCACCCAGUCUUGGAGACGGAAGUAUACCCUCUUCAGUGCUUCAUCAGAAGGGCAGAAUCAUUCAAGAAUUGUGUUUAAUUUAUGUCCUUUACAAACUGACGAUGACAGACAGCUGCUACUUUCCACAUCCAUGGAUAGAGAUAUAAAAUGUUGGGACAUGGCCACCCUGGAGUGUUGCUGGACUCUGCCGUCCCUUGGUGGGUUUGCCUACAGUCUGGCUUUCUCUCCUGUGGACGUAGGCUGUUUGGCCAUAGGUGUGGGGGAUGGCAUGAUCCGUGUAUGGAAUACGCUCUCCAUAAAGAACAACUAUGAUGUGAAAAAUUUUUGGCAAGGUGUCAAGUCCAAGGUAACAGCGCUAUGCUGGCACCCGACCAAGGAAGGUUGCUUAGCUUUUGGAACUGAUGAUGGAAAAGUGGGAUUGUAUGACACCUACUCCAACAAACCUCCACAGAUUUCUAGCACAUAUCAUAAGAAGACUGUGUACACAUUAGCCUGGGGGCCACCAGUACCCCCCAUGUCACUUGGAGGAGAAGGCGAUAGACCUUCCCUUACUUUAUAUAGCUGUGGAGGAGAAGGGAUUGUGUUACAGCAUAACCCCUGGAAGCUUAGUGGAGAGGCCUUUGACAUCAACAAGCUCAUCAGGGAUACCAAUUCAAUCAAAUACAAAUUGCCUGUACACACAGAGAUCAGCUGGAAAGCAGAUGGCAAAAUCAUGGCUCUUGGCAAUGAAGAUGGGUCAAUAGAAAUAUUUCAAGCUCCCAACUUGAAACUGCUCUGCACUAUCCAGCAGCAUCACAAGCUUGUGAAUGCCAUUAGCUGGCAUCAUGAGCAUGGCAGCCAGCCAGAGCUGAGCUAUCUGAUGGCCUCUGGCUCUAACAAUGCAGUCAUUUAUGUGCACAACCUGAAGACUGUUAUAGAAAGCAAUCCCGAGUCUCCAGUGACUGUUACAGAGCCCUACCGAACUCUCUCAGGGCACACAGGCAAGAUUACCAGUCUGGCUUGGAGCCCACAUCACGAUGGAAGACUGGUAUCUGCUUCCUAUGAUGGUACAGCCCAGGUAUGGGAUACUCUGCGGGAAGAACCCCUGUGCAAUUUCCGAGGACAUCGAGGUCGAUUACUUUGUGUGGUGUGGUCCCCGUUAGAUCCAGACUGCAUCUACUCAGGGGCAGACGACUUCUGUGUGUACAAAUGGCUCACUUCCAUGCAAGAUCAUUCCCGGCCUCCACAAGGCAAAAAAAGUAUUGAAUUAGAGAAGAAACGACUCUCUCAACCUAAGCCAAAGCCCAAAAAGAAAAAAAAGCUGACCUCGAGAGCUCCUGUAAAGCUGGAUUCGGUUGAUGGGAACGAAGAGAACAACGUGGAGAACCUGGGACCUGUGGAGAAUGGCGUGUCAGACCAGGACGGGGAGGAGGAUGCUCCAGAGCCAGAGUUACCCUGUAGCCUCGCUUCAGUGGUUUCUAGAGAACCAGUUACCUGCACUCCAAUUUCUUCAGGCUUUGAAAAGUCAAAAGUCACCAUUAAUAACAAAGUCAUUUUAGUGAAAAAGGAGCCACCUAAAGAGAAACCAGAAACCUUAAUCAAGAAGAGAAAAGCUCGUUCCAUGCUUCCACUGAGUACAAGCCUGGACCACAGGUCCAAAGAGGAGCUUCAUCAGGACUGUUUGGUACUAGCAACUGCAAAACACUCCAAAGAGCUAAAUGAGGAUGUGUCUGCUGAUCUUGAGGAAAGAUUUCACCUGGGGCUUUUCACAGAUAGGGCUACCCUGUACAGAAUGAUUGAGAUUGAAGGAAAAGGUCACUUGGAAAAUGGCCACCCUGAGUUAUUUCACCAGCUCAUGCUUUGGAAAGGAGAUCUAAAAGGUGUUCUCCAGACUGCAGCAGAAAGAGGGGAGCUGACAGACAAUCUUGUGGCUAUGGCACCUGUGGCUGGCUACCAUGUGUGGCUGUGGGCAGUGGAAGCUUUUGCCAAACAGCUGUGUUUUCAGGAUCAGUAUGUCAAGGCUGCUUCUCACCUACUUUCUAUCCACAAAGUGUAUGAAGCUGUGGAGCUGCUUAAGUCAAACCAUUUUUACAGGGAAGCUAUUGCAAUUGCUAAGGCCCGGCUGCGCCCAGAUGACCCAGUCCUGAAGGACUUGUACCUGAGCUGGGGAACCAUCCUAGAAAGAGAUGGCCAUUACGCUGUGGCAGCCAAGUGCUAUUUAGGGGCCACUUCUCCUUAUGAUGCAGCCAAAGUCUUGGCCAAAAAGGGGGAUGCAGCAUCACUCAGAACAGCUGCAGAGCUGGCUGCAGUCGUAGGAGAGGAUGAGUUGUCUGCUUCUCUGGCUCUCAGAUGUGCCCAAGAGCUGCUUCUGGCCAGGAACUGGGUGGGAGCCCAGGAAGCCCUACAGCUGCAUGAAAGUCUACAGGGCCAGAGACUGGUGUUUUGCCUUCUUGAGCUACUGUCCAGACAUCUGGAGGAAAAGCAGCUUUCAGAGGGCAAAAGCUCCUCCUCUUCUUAUCACUCUUGGACUGCAGGCACUGAAGGGCCCUUCGUGGAGAGGGUGACCACAGUGUGGAAGAGUGUUUUCAGCCUUGACGCUCCAGAGCAGUAUCAGGCAGCCUUCCAGAAACUGCAGCAUAUCAAGUAUCCGUCUGCUACCAGUAACACACCGUCCAAACAGCUCCUGCUUCACAUUUGCCAUGACUUGACCUUGGCAUUGCUGAGCCAACAGGUAGCCUCCUGGGACGAGGCUGUGCAAGCGCUGCUUCGGGCUGUGGUCCGGAGCUAUGACUCGGGGAACUUCACCAUCAUGCAGGAAGUGCACUCAGCCUUUCUCCCUAAAGGGUGCGACCACCUAAGAGAGAAGUUGGGUGACCAUCAGUCCCCUGCCACACCGGCUUUCAAAAGUCUGGAGGCCUUUUUUAUUUAUGGGCAUCUAUAUGAGUUCUGGUGGUCUCUGUCUGGGCCUUUCCCCAAAUCCUGUGUCUGGGUAAGAGCUACUCACAGAAGAACACCUUCUGUGGAGCAGAGCCAGCAGUUGGACAGUGCCAGCACUGAAGAAAAUGACCCUGAAGCUGCUUCUUGGCCAGAGCCAAACAGGCCUCCAGAACUAAACUUGAGACUCACAGAAGAAGGUCAGCGAAUGCUGAGUGCUUGUAAGGAACUCUUUUCUGAAAAGCAUGCCAGUCUCCAAAGCUCACAGAGAACUAUUGCUGAAGUCCAAGAGACCUUGGCAGAAAUGAUCCGCCAACACCAGAAGAGUCAACUCUGUAAGCCCACAGUGAAUGGUCUUGAUAAGAACGAACCUGAACUGGAAGCAGAUCAGUCCCUCUCUGGUCAGAGCCAGUGUAAAGAAGAAAAACAUGAGCCAGUUUCUCUGCCUGAAUUAACCAAAAGGCUUACAGAAGCAAAUGAGAGAAUGGCUAAGUUUCCUGAGAGUAUUAAGGCCUGGCCCUUCCCUGAUGUACUGGAGUGCUGCCUCGUCCUGCUUCACAUCAAGUCCCAGUAUCCUGGCUUUGUGACCCAGGAAAUGCAGCAACAAGCCCAAGAGCUUCUUCAGAAAUACGGCAACACUAAAGCUUACCAAAGACACUGCCAGACCUUCUGCAGGUGAACUUUCAAGGACCUUGAAGAAACUGUGCCAAAUUCUAAACAUUUGACACCUUUCACCUCUGCAGUUACCUCACCAGACAUUCACUCUGGUCUCUGGAUGUUUUUUACAGUUAUCCAAAAUAAUAGAAAAGAGGGUUAAGCGCAGAUCAACUCUGUCUAUCCUUAGACACCAUGGAAUCUAACUUUGGACUCAGUUGUGGUUUUCUACUGGAAGAGAUCAUGAAAAGCCAGCAGUAGUUAUUCAGAACUAACAGGCGCAGAGUGGUUGAUUCUCUCUAGAGCCUUAGGCAGGUUUCACCCAAAGAGUGGAGCUUUUGUAAUCACCCAAAGUGUUACGUUCUUAUGAAUACUUCGCCAGGUUAUAAACAUGUCAUUCUUGA